AUCCACAGAGGAAGAAGACAGAUGAUCAGCUGACUGAGCCGGGGGAGGAAGAGGAAGAAAGAUGGAAGGGAACAGAGACGAAGCAGAAAAAUGUAUAAAUAUAGCAACGAAAGCCUUUGAAGUCGGAGAUAAAGAGAAGGCUCUUAAGUUCCUCAAUAAGGCAGAGAAGCUGUAUCCAACUGACAGAGCCAAAGCCUUGUUGGAUGCACUGACAAAGAAUGGCAGCUCAGCGGGGAACGGCGCGUAUUGCAGGAGACCAGCAAACAGCUCAGAAAACACCGGUGCCCAGCCAGAAAGGGAACGCCAAGACUCUGGAGGGGGGGAGUCUAAGGGCUUCACCAAAGAACAGGUUGAAGGUGUACAGAGAAUAAAGCGAUGUAAGGACUACUAUGAAGUGCUGGGUAUCAGUAAAGAAGCCAGUGAAGAUGAACUGAAAAAAGCCUACAGGAAACUAGCGCUCAAGUUCCAUCCAGACAAAAACCACGCGCCUGGAGCAACAGAGGCCUUUAAAAAGAUUGGCAAUGCAUAUGCAGUGCUGAGCAACCCAGACAAAAGAAGGCAGUAUGACCUGACAGGAGGGGAGGAGCCUAGCAGCCCAGGCCACGCACAUGGAGGAGGGUUUGACUUCCAUCGGGGCUUUGAGGCUGACAUCACUCCUGAGGACCUCUUCAACAUGUUCUUUGGAGGCGGCUUCCCCUCUUCAAGUGCACACGCCUUCACCAACGGCAGGGCGCGCUACAGCCAGCAGACGGAUCAAAGACAAGAGAGAGCAGAAGAGAGGGGAGAUGGUGGUUUCUCGAUGUUCAUCCAGCUGAUGCCCAUCGUGGUCCUGAUUUUAGUGUCUAUCCUGAGCCAGCUGAUGGUGUCCACUCCCCCCUACAGCCUCUACUCCAGACCGUCCACGGGUCAGACUGUAAAACGCCAGACAGAAAACCUGCGUGUCGACUACUAUGUCACCCGAGAUUUCAAAUCAGAGUACAAAGGAAAUGCUCUGCAGCAGAUUGAGAAGAAUGUGGAGGAAGACUAUGUGUCAAAUGUCAGAAAUAACUGUUGGAAAGAGAGACAGACAAAAACAGACCUGCUGUAUGCUGCUAAGGUGUACAGGGACGACCGUAUGCGUAAGAAGGCAGAACUCAUGACCAUGGAUAACUGCAGGGAGCUGGACAGACUAAAUGACCUAUUCCGAGGCGGAUGAGCUGGACAAUUUUAGAUCAUAUAAAUAUAUAUGAAUAGAUAUAUGUAUGUACAUGUUUUUCUUAAGGAAAAAACUUCAAGCUAGGAGCAAAAAAUGACUAAAAUACUUUAGCCUUACUGUGGAAGUUCUAAGUUGUCCCUCUCUCCACAUUCCUCCGCCUCCCUCUUCUCACUCCAGCCUCACCCCAGGAAUUACCUUGUUGCAUCUCAGUGAACCAAUCUACUGUAUUGUAGAAAGAUCCACCCCCUCUUUUACUCUGCUCUCCUCAUUUUCCUGGAAACACGAAGGAAAAGGACACUUGAUUGUAAAGCGAUGUGCUCUGAUCGCUUCCAGUAGUGAGACACCAAGAGGCAUCCUGCACAAGCAAAUCACAACCCGUAGAUUAGCUAACAGCAUCAGCAUCACCUGCUUGACAUAAAAAGACGAUGGACUGUUCGUUCAUCUGGAAAUGCCACCCAGAUCGAUAGCAGUUCUUAGAGAACACAAAAAUCCGCUGAAAGCUUCCCAGCUUCCUACUCACCUCCCAAGUGUGGAUGAAGCUCCAUGGACCAUGAACAGAUACCUGUGGUUUUGCUACUAGAGAACAUUUUAUGUUGUCCAUUCCAAAAUGAUGUUGUUGGGACUAAACCAUGGAAGGACAUUGAAACUAUUAUUCAUGAAUUGUUGUACAUUUUCAUUUUUGAAUGUUUGAAGUUUAUGCUGUUAUUUAAGUAACUUGGAAAAACAAAGUUUUUUCUUUAAUGCUCGACUAAUCAUUUGAAUAAAGUAAAAAUUACUACCAUA